GCAGCGCUUAUGCCUUCAUGCAAGGCCAUGCAAUCUCGUUCGCAGCGUGUUCUCGCGUGGUAUUUCUCGCAAAAACGUUUUAAAGUACGGCAAUGCACGCUGGUCGGUAUAUUAUUGCGGCGUUCUUCUCCACAAUUGGGGUUCUCUACCGAAGCCACGCAGAUUACCAAAGUCCAUUGUAUUGUCAGCGACUGGUUGCUCCACUAAUAACGACAAUUCGCACUGUGUGUACAUAUCCAUGUUUAUUAGUCUCUCCAGAAGGAAUACCAAGCAUUGUUGUACUGCCGGAACCUGACGGAACUCUUUGUAAGGUGGGCCGCUGCAGAGGAGGUGCUUGUCUUGAACUUUGGAAUUAUGGAACUGCGAAAACCUUCGUACCUUCCUAUUACAUCCGGGAGGGUGGUAGGCACCAUAGGCCAGAUGUCAGAACGCAUAGUCAGAGUAGCAAAGUUCGUGGCGAUAUAAGCGCAGGGAGCACGAGCGGGGGCCUCAUGGACAAAAUUACGACCACACCGAGUGAGGGCCAAUUUUAUAUUGGUAGCGGCAUAACAAGUGCAACAAGCAUGAUAUCCAGUGGAGAAUGGAGGUUGCCUUCAAGACGUAUAAAGAGAUUGCGUGAAAAGCGGAGAAUAAGGGGCAGCUAUCAAGUUAACAGGGUAGAAGAUAGGACAAUGAGGCAAAAAGUUCAAGAUCGCCUAAAGAGAUUUCAUAAAAAACGGAAGAAGCCCCAUUCUCAUGCUACUAAUAAUGGUAACAGCAAUGGGGGGCAAGACGUAAGCGGCUCAAAUGCUGGAGGAAAGCGCAAGCGCCUGAAGUUACCACCCGGUGCUGGACUUAUGUUAGGCAUGGCCGGUGCUGGCACCGGUAUUCAGCUUGCAGCAGUGGGUGCACAAGCAGGCAUCAGAAGUAGCGCCCAAAAAGCAGCCGCUGCCAAAAAUAAAGCUUCUACCAGCCCAGAUGAAGGCAGUAGCCCACCGAGUGACGGUGGCGAUGGUGGUGCUGACGGUGGCGACAAUGACAACACGGGUGGCGCCGAGGAGGAAAAGGGUGACAAUACUGGGAAAGAUGACACGAAGGCCGCCGGUGCCAAGCCAGAAGAGAAAGUACCUGCAGAAAAAAAAGCGACUGGAAAGAGUGAGGGCAAAAAACCUGACAACAAGCCUGCAACUGACAAAGCUAUACAUGUGGAAGUGGAACUACUUACGUGAACAGCCUAAAGCACUCUCAGGCUCGCCCUGUUAAAGGUAGCCACUGCAAAAUUGGCUUGGGGGUGCCUAUGGACGUUAAUCCUGGACAUGUACGGCGAAGGAGAUUCGUCAUUCAUUUGGUCACCACUGCUUCUUAAGAAAUAAGAUUUGCUUUAUUGGAAAAAAAUCAAGUAAUAUAAGUGGAAUAAACGGGACCUCUCCAAAAGGUGAUAAAAGUAAAACAAAAUCGUCUUGAAGUUGUUUAAAAUGAAUUGUUAGUGGAACAUUUGAGCUGAAUGUUUAUAACUAUUUGUGAAUAGCAUGCCAAGUUGACCGCUAAACAAGGACAAAGACACAGUAAGACAAAAACAAAACGACGACACUGUCUUUAGGUUUCUCUUUUUCCGUCUUUUUCCUUGUUUAGCGGUCAACAUGUCAUGCAAUAAACAUCAACUAGGCCAAACUCAAGUUCUUCUCACGCAUAUUUGUGAAUAAACUAAAAUAUUUAUA